AUGAGAUUAGCAAUUAAAAAGCGAGUGAGCAGCCGGGGCUGAGGCGCGGGGCCACCCCCAGGCCGACUCGCGGCCAUGGAGAAGUCGCGGCCGCUGUGGGCCAACCCGCUGCAGUUCGUCUUCGCCUGCAUCUCCUACGCCGUGGGCCUGGGCAACGUGUGGCGCUUCCCCUACCUGUGCCAGAUGUACGGCGGAGGCAGCUUCCUGGUGCCCUACUUCGUCAUGCUCAUUGUGGAGGGCAUGCCUCUCCUGUACCUGGAACUGGCCGUGGGGCAGCGCAUGCGGCAGGGAAGCGUCGGCGCCUGGAAGACCAUCAGCCCCUACCUUGGUGGUGUCGGCCUGGCCAGCGUGGUGGUGUCCUUCUUCCUGUCCAUGUACUACAACAUCAUCAACGCCUGGGCCUUCUGGUAUCUCUUCCACUCCUUCCAGGAUCCCCUGCCGUGGUCCGUGUGCCCACUGAACGACAACCACACGGGCUACGACGAGGAGUGUGAGAAGGCGUCCUCUACCCAGUACUUCUGGUACAGGAAAACCCUCAACAUCUCCCCGUCCAUCCAGGACAGCGGGCACGUGCAGUGGGAGCCGGCGCUCUGCCUCGUCCUGGCCUGGCUGGUGGUGUACCUGUGCAUCCUGAGGGGCACCCAGUCCACUGGCAAGGUGGUAUACUUCACCGCGUUGCUGCCUUACUGCGUGCUCAUGAUCUACCUGGUCCGGGGCCUCACGCUCCACGGAGCCACUAACGGCAUAGCCUACAUGUUCACGCCCAAGCUGGAGCAGCUGGCCAACCCCAAGGCCUGGAUCAACGCGGCCACCCAGAUCUUCUUCUCCCUGGGCCUGGGCUUCGGCAGCCUGAUCGCCUUCGCCAGCUACAACGAGCCGUCCAACAACUGCCAGAAGCACGCCGUCAUCGUGUCCCUCAUCAACACCUCCACCUCCAUCUUUGCCAGCAUCGUGACCUUCUCCAUCUAUGGCUUCAAGGCCACCUUCAACUACGAGAGCUGCUUGAACAAGGUGAUUCUGCUGCUGACCAAUUCCUUUGACCUGGAGGAUGGCUUUCUGACCGCCAGCAACCUGGAGCAGGUGAAGGGCUACCUGGCGUCCACCUUCCCUGGCAAAUACAGUGAGGUGCUCCCGCAGAUGAGAAACUGUAGCUUGCAAUCAGAGCUGGCCACGGCGGUCCAGGGCACCGGCUUGUCUUUCAUCGUCUACACCGAGGCCAUUAAAAACAUGGAGGUGUCCCAGCUGUGGUCAGUGCUCUAUUUCUUCAUGCUGCUGAUGCUGGGCAUUGGGAGCAUGCUGGGGAACACGGCGGCCAUCCUCACGCCUCUGACUGACAGCAAGGUCAUCUCCAGCCACCUGCCCAAGGAGGCCAUCUCCGGUCUGGUGUGCCUCGUCAACUGUGUCAUUGGCCUGGUGUUCACCAUGGAGUCUGGCAACUAUUGGUUUGACAUAUUCAAUGACUACGCGGCCACGCUGUCCCUGCUGCUCAUCGUGCUGGUGGAGACCAUUGCUGUGUGUUACGUGUAUGGGCUAAGGAGAUUUGAAAGUGACCUUGAGGCCAUGACCGGUCGUGGCCUGAACUGGUACUGGAAGGCCAUGUGGGCCGGCAUGAGCCCCCUGCUCAUCGUCAGCCUCUUUGUCUUCUACCUGAGUGACUACAUCCUCACAGGGACCCUGCAGUACCAAGCGUGGGACGCCUUCCAGGGACAGCUCGUGACCAAGGACUACCCCCCAUACGCCUUGGCCGUCAUCGGGCUGCUGGUGGCCUCCUCCACCAUGUGCAUCCCCCUGGUGGCCCUGGGGACUUUCAUCACACGCUGUCUCAAGAGGGGAGACACGCCCCCCGCGGCCUGAGGACUGGGCUUCCCAGAGACCAUGCUCAGCUGCUCCCUGUCCGGCAGCUACGACUUACAGACGGAAUCUCCUUGGCUGCUUCGGACAAUAUUUGCUCCAGAAACACUCAGCCUGUCGUCUUCCUGAGUUCGUCAAGAAGGACAGUGGAGGAAGAAGGUUCCCUUGGGAGGACCCACACCCCACCCACGGAGCAGCCCCUGCUCCCCUCUGUGCCCCUCCCUGUGACCAGAGACACGGGCUUUUCAAGGCCAGUCUGGAAGACAACUGCUUUCUUGACUUUAGGGAAGUCCUAGAAUUAGGCCACACUGUGAGCUGAAAUUUGACUAUAAUUUUCAUGGAAUAAAAUUUAAGCGACUUUUUUUUUCUUCUGAAGAAAUCCCAAAAUAGGAGAGGGCAGUUGUUUUUUAGAUCAGCUGGAAGAGAGGUUUUCUCCAAGUGCCUAAGAUGACAGCCGAAUGUCACUGGUGGAAAACCAGGUCUCUCUUUUUGAGUCCCUGUGAAUAUGUAACUGCUGGGUCCUUCACUAACACGACCGACUGGCCAGGUGGAUGGAGGCCUUUGCUGGGGUCCAAAAGGGGCUCACUUCUGUGAUCUGAGGUCUCUCACGGUGGGUCCAGGCCCGAUCCUCCCAAUUACAGUGCGCAACCCCAAACCACCCGAGAAGUCCAUGCAGACAGCCCCUACCACUGGAUGUUGGAAAAGAUGCCAGAACCACUUGUGGGUGAGGGCACAGCCAACUUGUUGUUCUAUUUGGACAUGGCGGCCAACUCAUUAGAGCAAAGACCAUGAACGUCACUUACAGUCCAUCUUAAAUUAUUUGUACAUAGGUUUUCUAGAGUGUAGAAAACAGAGCCUUUUGGAACUGAAGACACCAUAUUUAUGAUACAGCAUCAGUCCACAGUGCCAAUGUCCCCUGUCUUUGACCGCAGUAAGUAGGUCAAGGUUAUCCCUAAGCGGAGAGGGCCGCUUCCUGCCCUAACAUUCUGUGCUUCCUGGACAUACAGGAUUCAGUGAAGUUUCUUUGGGUAGAUUUGUACAAACAUCUUCGCAGACACUUAAUUGGAGCAUUAGUUGGAGGGGUUUGUUGGUGGUUUUUUGUUUUUUUGUUUUUU